ACUAACUCGGCUCUGCAAUUUAGCUGACCCGCUUCGGUGUGGCAUACCGGACUCGGGCCGCCUAAAGCAGUAGCGAGCCUCGGCUUCUCGACCAGAUGGUGGGACGCAUAGCAAAACUAAGAGGAGGACUAAAAGGAGACAGAAAAAAAAAAUGUGUAUCUCAACAUAAUAUACCAAGUACCGCGGAAUGGAAAACUUUUCUAUUUGUAAGACAAUAUGGCCGGCCUCGCUGAAGACGCGAGCACGAGGUUGGGUUGCUUAAAAGGCAAGGCCAUUUCGUGCGCCCGACUAUUAGGUGUCUCACAAAGAUAGAUGAUGCAUAUUAGAUAAUUAUCUUCUUAUAGUUCUAGAAACGAAAUGGCUACCGAAGAUGUUGAGUACACGGCUAAAGAGGUCGCCGCUCAUAACACAACGACUGAUGCUUGGAUGAUCAUUCACGGCCAAGUUUACGAUGUUACGAGUUACAUUAGCGAUCAUCCUGGUGGCGCCGAUGUGCUUAUUGAUGCUGCCGGGAAAGAUGCUUCGGUAGAGUUCGACAAUGCUGGUCACUCAGAUGAUGCAUCUGAGAUAAUGGCCGCGUACCGCGUUGGCAAGUUGCGAGGCGGUAACGCGAAAAAGACAACGUCUACCGUUCGAUUGUCGGUUGGAGUCCGACCGCGGAAGCCUGACACAACUAAGAGUUCCUCGAACAUAGUCCUGAGCUUCGGCGCAGCGACAGCAGCUGUUUUGAGCACGGCAGGGUUAUACCAUAUGGUCAAUCAACGAGUAUCGUUUGCUAAUUUACUCAACGGUCUGAUCAUCAGAAGAAAUCAGAGACUCGGCUUCCUAGAGGGCUUCCUUAUCGCAUCGACAGCCUUCUGUAUUGCUGGUACUUUACUAUCUCGGCGCCUUCUUAACGUCAUUCAUUCGCACCCUACUUUCUUAAACCAUCCUCCCCAUAUGAAAUUGCCCAAACGCAUUAAGGCGGAUAUCCUAAGUCAAACCGGGUGGCUUCAUCCAACCACCUUUCAAAGUCUACCCUUGGUCAAGAAAUAUUUGGUCGCGCCAAAUACUUAUCGUCUAGAAUUUGAGCUACCCACACCUAAGUCUGUACUUGGCUUGCCCAUCGGCCAGCACGUCGCUAUCACAGCCAACGUUGAUGGCCGAGCAGUGACCCGAUCCUAUACCCCAAUCUCCAACAACGCGGAUUGUGGCACGCUCGACCUGAUAGUCAAAUGCUAUCCCGACGGAAAGCUCACUGGCGGCUAUCUCGCAAGCCUCUCAAUCGGAGAUGAGGUGCAGUUUCGCGGGCCAAAGGGGGCUAUGCGUUACAAGCGUGGCUACUGCAAGCGAAUCGGCAUGCUGGCAGGUGGAUCAGGUAUAACGCCCAUGUACCAGCUGAUACGCGCCAUAUGUGAGGACGAGCAAGACACCACUCAGGUCAGCUUGAUCUAUGCCAAUCGAACGGAGGCAGACAUACUACUUCGGAGUGAACUUGAGGCUUUCUCCAGGAAGUACCCCAAUAACUUCAAGCUGUAUUAUAUCUUGGACAGCCCUACACCGGAUUGGCAAGGAGGUAGGGGAUACGUAACGAAAGAGACACUCGCAGAACGCUUCCCGGAACCGGAUGCAGAGUCCAGAGCUAUGAUUUGCGGCCCGCCAGGAAUGGUGAAUGCAGCGAAGAAGGCGCUCAUUGAGUUAGGGUUCGAGAAGCCCGGUGCCAUGUCAAAAAUGAGUGACCAGGUAUUCUGCUUUUGACGCGUUAAUAUUCGUCCUCACCGAAUAUAUCACAGCAACUGGCGUAAUUACUAACGAGCCACAACGAGGCUAGCAUGUGUUGGAAUGUAUACCUAAUCAUAUUUUGGCGUAUAGAAUGUAUAAAUACGAGAUAAGACUUAGAUCUAUUGUUAUAUAGCAGCGUCUAAAUAGACACCUAAUCCGGG